AUGUCUGGCUUCGACUCUGACCGCGUCUACUCCGUCGCUGUCCACGAUGUGGCCGAGCCCACCGCCCCUGAACUUCCCUCUCAGACCGAAAAGCUUCUACUCGACUUCCUGCUCCAAUACCGUGUCGGUGGUGAUUUCAUUUACCGAGACAAGCUGCGGGCAAACCUCUUGCUAAAGCAGCACCAAGUGGAGGUCGAUCUACGACAUGUCGGUCUGUACAACGAUGAGCUCGCGCACGUUAUACAGGAACGCCCGGCGGAUAUUCUGCCCUUGUUCGAGUCCGCCGCAUCAAAGGCCGCACGAACAAUCCUGUUCCCUCUCGCAAGCAACUCCGACGCAGCCCAUGAGUCGAUACCCUUCGUCCAAGUGCUCGUCAGGUCUGGACUGAAUCUUCAGCAAUUCCGUGAGCUCACUGCCGAUACCAUGAACAAACUUGUUCGCAUUCCCGGCAUCGUCAUAUCUGCUUCUGUCCUCUCUUCCCGCGCGACAAAACUGCAUCUACAAUGCCGUGCCUGCCGAUCGACCAAGAUCAUAUUCCCCCCAAGUGGACUCGGUGGCUUGGGUGGUGGCUCGGACAGAGGCCUCCCUCGGGUCUGUGAUGCGCCUGAGCUUGAGAACCAGAAGAAGGAUUGCCCUCUCGACCCGUACCUGAUUAUUCACUCGAAGUCCGCUUUCACCGAUCACCAGACUCUCAAGCUGCAGGAGGCCCCGGAUAUGGUACCCGUCGGAGAACUACCCCGGCAUAUGCUCCUCUCCGCGGACAGGUAUCUUACGGGCCAAGUCGUUCCGGGUUCCAGAGUCAUUGCAACUGGUGUAUACUCAACUUUCCAGUCAGCAAAGAACCGCACGAAAGGGGCUGCUGCCUUGCGUGAUCCGUACCUCCGCGUUGUUCACCUAGAGGUAUCGUCGCCUGCAGCUGGUGGCGGCGGAGGUGCGAACCCCUUUGGUGCACAAUUCACUCCAGAAGAGGAGGAAGAGUUCGGCGAGAUGGCUCGCAGCGAGGGCUUCUAUGAACGGUUCGCGAAGAGUGUCGCUCCCAGUAUCUUCGGCAGUCUAGAUAUCAAAAAGGCCAUUACAUGCCUUCUCAUGGGAGGUUCAAAGAAGAUCCUACCAGAUGGCAUGCGGCUUCGAGGCGAUAUCAAUGUACUCUUGUUGGGUGACCCCGGUACUGCUAAGAGUCAGCUUUUGAAGUUCGUUGAGAAGGUCGCACCCAUUGCCGUGUAUACUUCUGGCAAGGGCUCUAGUGCAGCCGGUUUGACGGCCUCUGUUCAGCGCGACAGCGUCUCCCGCGAGUUCUAUCUUGAGGGCGGUGCCAUGGUGCUUGCAGACACCGGCGUAGUAUGCAUCGACGAGUUUGACAAGAUGCGAGACGAGGAUCGUGUCGCUAUCCACGAAGCCAUGGAGCAGCAGACUAUUUCCAUUGCAAAGGCCGGCAUCACGACCGUACUGAACUCGCGCACGAGCGUGUUGGCCGCCGCCAACCCCGUUUGGGGUCGGUAUGACGAGGGACGGAGUCCCGGAGAGAACAUCGACUUCCAAACCACUAUCUUGUCACGUUUCGACAUGAUCUUCAUCGUCAAGGAUGAACACAACGAGCAGCGUGACCGGAUGAUCGCCAAGCAUGUUAUGAACAUUCACAUGAACCGCCCCAACCAGAACGCAGAUGAGCAUGGAGAGGCAGUUGGAGAGAUUGACAUUGACAAGAUGAAGCGAUUCAUUGCUUACUGCAAAGCAAAAUGCGCUCCCCGUCUAUCCGCUGAAGCACAAGAGAUGCUGAGCAGUCACUUCGUCUCGCUGCGCAAGCAGGUGCAGCAAGUCGAGCAAGACAACGACGAGCGGAGCUCGAUCCCCAUCACCAUUCGUCAACUCGAGGCGAUCAUCCGUAUUUCCGAGUCACUCGCGAAGCUCUCCCUCUCGCCCGUUGUGCAGAACCACCACGUCGAGGAGGCGAUCCGGCUCUUCAAGUUCUCGACUAUGGACGCCGUCUCUGCGGGCUCUGCUGACGGGCUGUCGCGCGGCGCGGUGAACGAGGAGAUGACAAAGAUCGAGAAGGAAAUCCGCCGUCGACUGCCUAUCGGUUGGAGCACGAGCUACCAGAGUCUCGUCCGCGAAUUCGUGACGCAGCAAGGGUACUCGAGCCACGCGCUCGAGCGCACGCUCUUUGUGCUCGAGAAGCGCGAGAUUAUCCGGUUCUCGGGGCAGAAGAAGGUCGUUCAUCGCGUUGGUGUAUAG